AUGGAGGAGCAGGGCAGGGCGAGCAACAAGAUCAGGGACAUCGUGAGGCUGCAGCAGCUCCUCAAGCGGUGGAAGCGUAUGGCGGUGGCGCCCGGAGGAGGCAGGGGCGGCUCCAAGAACGGUGGCGGCGUCGUGCCGAAGGGUUCCUUCGCUGUGUACGUGGGCGAGGAGCUGCGGCGGUUCGUGAUACCCACCGAGUACCUGGGCCACUGGGCGUUCGAGGCCCUGCUCCGGGAAGCGGAGGAGGAGUUCGGGUUCCGGCAUGAGGGCGCGCUCCGGAUCCCCUGCGAUGUCGAGGCGUUCGAGGGCAUCCUCCGCCUCGUCUCCGGCGGCAAGAAGGACGACGGCGCCGGGAUGUGCGACUGCUCCUGCUCCUCCGAGACCGAGAUCUUGUGCAGAUGA